AUGGCGCUUCAGUGUCCUAUUCAUCCGGGAACACAUUUAGUAGAAGAUCAUAGAGCUGGAGACAUUAUUUGUCCAGAAUGUGGUUUAGUUGUAGGAGAUAGAUUAGUAGAUGUCGGAACAGAAUGGAGAUCAUUUUCUAAUGAACGAAGUGGAACUGACCCAUCACGUGUUGGAGCUCCCGAAAAUCCUCUUUUAUCGGGAAGUGAUUUGUCUACGAGUAUUGCGAUUGGUUUCGGAAGUUCCGAUAGUGAUAACAGUUUGGCGAACUCGCAGAGAAAGAGUAUGAACAACACUGAUCGCCAAAUGAACCAAGCUAUGAGUGUAAUUCGCGAAAUGUCUGAAAGAAUACAUUUAACCAAGAAUAUACAGGAUAUGGCUGCUAAACUGUUCAAAGAGGUCUUGGAUGGUAAAGCACUCAAAGGAAAAAAUAAUGAAGCACAAGCUGCCGCUUGCUUGUAUAUAGCCUGUCGUAAAGAUGACGUACCCCGUACAUUUAAAGAAAUUUGCGCUGCUUCUCGUGUUUCUAAGAAAGAAAUUGGUAGAUGUUUUAAAUUAAUUAUCAAAAGUAUGGAGACAAAUCUCAAGCAAAUUACUUCUGCCGACUUCAUGUCUCGCUUCUGUGCCAGGCUUAACCUGUCCAACUCCGUCAAGGUGUGUGCCACACGAAUUGCUAAAAGAGCUGUGGAUAUGGAUUUGGUUGCUGGGCGAUCUCCUAUUUCGAUUGCUGCAGCAGCUAUAUACAUGGCUUCUCAAGCUUCUGCUGAGAAGAAAACUGCCAAAGAAAUCGGUGACAUUGCUGGAGCAGCUGAAGUGACCGUAAAACAAACUUAUAAACUUUUCUACCCUAGAGCUGGAGAGCUCUUCCCUGAAGACUUCCAAUUUGUAACUCCUAUAGAUCAGCUUCCUUCGUCUUAA